UGUUGGUGAAGAAGUCUCUCUUGGCUGGAUCUCAUUUCAUUACGAACUCAACAUUAUACAUAUUUUAUUUUGUAUAAAGAUUUGAAAUUUGAGAGGAAUAUGCGGAAAGCACCAGCUAUCGGGAUAGAUUUGGGAAGCUGCUCGUCUCGAGUGGCAGUUUUCAAGGAUGGAAAGGUCAAAAUCAUCGCCUCCUACGCGUCAUACGUCGCUUUCACAGACGCAGAGAUCAUUGUCGGGGACGCCGCCAAGAAUGUGGGAUCAGGGGUCAAUGGAAUAAACACUAUUUUUGAUGUAAAGCGAUUGAUUGGGCGAAAAUUUGAUGAAGUCGACCCGACUCGGUGGCCUUUCAAGGUGACCAAUGACGCCGGGAUGCCUAAGGUUUGUGUCGAAAGGGAAAGUAGAACUUUCUCCCCCGAAGAGAUCUCAUCCAUGGUUCUGACCAAGAUGAAGGAAACCGCGGAAGCUUACCUGGGAGCAGAGGUUACAUAUGCGGUUAUCAGCGUCCCUUCCUGUUUCAAUCGUGCUCAACGUGAAGCCACAAAAGAGGCCGGAGACAAGGCUGGUCUCCACAUUUUACGACUAAUCAGCGACACCUCGGCCGCCGCAUACGCUUACGAUUGGAGCAACAAAAAAAAAGGUGAACGCAACACGCUAAUCUUCUCCUUGGGGGGUGGAACAUGCUCCGUAGCCGUCGUAACUAUGGAAGAAGGAAUCUACGAAGUUAAGUCGGUCGCGGGAGACCCAAAUUUGGGCGGGAUUGACUUUGACCACCGACUUGUAAAGCUCUUCAGUGACGAAUUCCACAGGAAAUAUAAUAAAUCUUUGCCCACCAACAAGCAAGCUUAUCUUCGUCUCCUUAACGCCUGUGAAGACGCCAAACGAACUCUGUCCAACUCUAGCACCGCCUCCAUCAAACUAGACUCCCUCCUCGACGGAAUUGAUUUCCACACAUCCAUCACUCGCGCUCGUUUCGACCAGUUGAACUCUGACCUUUUUCCUCGAAUUUUAGACCUUAUCAAGAAAUGCGUUCGAGACUCGUACAUCGACAAAGAAAGUAUCGAAGACAUCAUUCUGAUUGGUGGAUCCACCCGAAUUCCCAAAGUGCAAGAGACCCUGCAAGAUUUCUUCCCUGGGAAAGCCCUCACCACCUCAAAUUUCUGCGAGAACGAGUGGAUCAAUCCGGACGACGCAGUCGCGCUUGGUGCUGCCGUCCACGCCGCUAUUUUACACGGAGAUAAGUCUGAGAAAAUCCAAGACCUUCUCCUGCUUCCCGUGACCCCGAUCAGUUUAGGGAUUGAAAGUGCUGGAGGUGUCAUGGAAACUUUGAUCAAGCGAAAUACCACCAUUCCAACCAAGCAGACGCAGACUUUUACCACAUAUUCGGACAACCAGACUGCUGUAUUGGUCCAAGUUUACGAAGGUGAACGAGCCAUGACGAAGGAUAACAAUGUUUUGGGAAAGUUUCAACUGACCGGGAUUCCACCGGCGCCACGUGGUGUUCCCCAAAUCGAGGUCACCUUUGACAUUGAUGCCAACGAUGUUAUGGUCGUUACUGCUACCGAGAAGAGUACCGGGAAGAAGGAAGGGAUUACGAUCAGCGAGAGAUAUGUACCCAAUCUUGAAGACGUGGAUGACCAAUUUGGUAAGGAAAUGGCACUAAUUCCGAGUACGAAACGGGAUGAUAAGGAGGAUGUAGUUGAAGAUCACGGAGAGGUCGAUGUAAAGAGAGUGAUGGACAAGUGUCAAGAGCUUGUCGAAUGGAUGAAGGAGAAGGAACUCGAAUUCGCCCAGAAACGAGAGCAAUUGGAGAAUUUGUGCAAUAUGUUCAAAGAAAAGGGGAACACUGGUGAUGGAGACAGGUCAAACUAAUCUGCAUUAAAAUAUGUACAUAUGUAUCAGUAAACGACAUUUGACCUUCACCAAUUAAUAAUUCAUUUAUUCUGCAAAGAGUUAAAUAAAUGUACAUUCAUAAAUUAAUUGAUUAAUAACGGCAGGCACAUAUGUACAUAUGUAGACAAGGUUAGCAAGUAGAUACCUUCAUCAACAUAAAUUCAAUUUUAAAUACAUUUACACACUGUUAGUAAAGCACAUUUCCCUGCAGUUUUCUAAAUUCGUCAUGUUUUUACUUAUGGAAAUAUGAUUUUAAAAUAAUAUGUAUGUAUUGUCCUCAUUAAAAGCACGCGACAUUUAUGGAGAA